GCUGAUGGCCUGCUCACUCCAGGCAGGAGCCUUUGAAAUGCUCAUCCUGAGAUGCUUCAUCACAGUCAUAGAUGGAGGCAAUCGCCCUCAGUGUGCUCCCCAUGUACCUCAGUGAGAUCUCACCCAAGGAGAUCCGUGGCUCUCUGGGGCAGGUAACCACCAUCUUUAUCUGCAUUGGCAUGUUCACUGGGCAGCUGCUGGGCCUGCCCGAGCUGCUGGGAAAGAUCUGGUUCUAUACCAACAGCAUCUUUGGAAAAGCUGGGAUCCCUCCAGCAAAGAUCCCAUAUGUCACCUUGAGUACAGGGGGCAUCGAGACUUUGGCUGCCGUCUUCUCGGGCUUGGUCACUGAGCACCUGGGACGGAGACCCCUCCUCAUUGGUGGCUUUGGGCUGAUGGCCCUCUUCUUUGGGACCCUCACCAUCACGCUGACCCUGCAGGACCAUGGCCCCUGGGUCCCCUACCUGAGUAUCGUGGGCAUUCUGGCCAUCAUCGCCUCUUUCUGCAGUGGGCCAGGUAAGGCGCCCCUCCCUCCUCACUGCCCCGCCCAGGGGCUCAUGGCAUCACCAAGCUAGGGAGCUCUCCUCAUACAGAUGGGGCACCUAGAGCCCAGAAGAAGCAAAGCCUGACUGGGGAUGUGUGUCUACUGCCUUCCUUUUGGCCUGAUUGAAAUGUAGCCGACUGUCUGCAGUCUACCCCACAGAAGGUGAAAACGGGCUCACCUGAAGAUGAGUGGGAGAUAAUAUCCCACCGCACAGCAAGAGCAGUUCACACGCGGGAGGGCUCAGAGCCAGAGGCGACACUGGUUUGUGAUGAAUCAAAGACAACCAAGUCACACAGUCUGUGCCUAAGCAGUUACGGUCUAGGGUGAAAGAUGUGGCAAUAAUCAUGGCCAUGUCUAAGACAUAUUAAUCAUUGCUUUUGUGUUAUACUUGGCUAAGAACUUGACCUGUGUAAGCUCACUUAAGGCUCAGGACAGUUCCAAAGAAGACAGAGAUGGAAGGUGACUUGCAUGAGUGACUAGGUGGAGUGGCCUGACUGCCAGGCCCAGGCCCCCACCAACAGCUUACAUGGUACCUGCGUGAGUGUGCAACUGGAGUAUCCCAGUCUCGGUUUACCCAGGACUCAUUUCUAGCCCUGCUAUUUCCUAGCCAUGGGUCAGUAGGAGAGACUUCUAUCUUUGUUAGCCUCAGUUUCCCCAUCUGUACAAUGACAAGGAUGCAAUGCAACUGAGAAUCCUACCAUUCCCUGGCUCUGUGUCCAUGUCCAGCAGGGACCUCCAGCAGAGGCCAAGGUCAGACUGAGAAGGGAGGCUUCUUAGUCUUUUCGUUUCUUUCUAGUUGGCAAAUCAGCUUGGCUGAGGAUGAGUUAAAAGCAUGUUGAUUUUCGUGGUUCCAGCCCUUCCUGCUUCAGGUAUUAACUCAAUGCAGAGGUCAAGAACAGUCUUUGGUCUUUGUCUCCUAAAUUCAAAGAUCCCUAACUCUUAGCACUUGGUGUUGAAAUGAAGUCUGUGCUGACACAUGCAAACAUUCACAAUUAACUGAGGCAGAACACAACAUGGGAAUGACUUCAGAGCUGGAGGGAGGUCAUCUGGCAGACGAGGAAAGCUUCCAGGGGCUAAGACGAACUAGAAUUAAGUCAUUCCAAGUUUGGAAAGACCAUAAAGAUUUUCUAGUUCAGUCAUUUAUCAGAAGCUUAAGUCCUAGUCAUGGUUUCCCUGCCAGGAAUUCCUUCAGCCAUGGCUUGAUUACAUCUAUUGACAGGGAACUCACCGCCUCACAAAACAGGCAAUUCUACGUCCACAGGUCAGAUUUGGUCCUGGCCCAUUCUGUAUGACCCACCAGGCAAGAAUGGCUUUUGCAUUUUAAAAGGGGGAAAGAAAGAAUGCAUGCCGGGGACCACAUGUGGCCUGAAAAGCUUCUUAUAUUUUCUUUCUAACUUUUUAUUUUAAACAUUUGUCAACCCCUGCUAUAGUUCCUUAGCUCUGAAAUUUGGAAGUGGGAGAGUGGGCUAGCUUGUGAGGUAGGGAAGGAGGAAUUUCCAGGCAGUGAGAGCAGCCACUGCCGGAGCAUAGAAAGAAGUUCAUGUCAAAAGAACCUUAAAUAAACCACCAGGGCCAGAGCAGUGGUGCUCAAACAUUGCUCAGUCACCAGGGCUUUUAAAGCCCUGGUUUUCAGGCUGCACUGAAGGGCAACCAGCCCAUAAUCUUGGAGGGAUAGGGCUCAGGCUUGGCAUUUUCUAGCGCUGCGUGAUUCCAAGGUGCAGCCAAGUUCAAGAACCACUGGGCUAGAGCAGUUUUUAAACCCCGGCUGAAUAUGUUACCAUCACCUGGUGACUUAGAAAAAAAAAAACAGAGCAAACACGGGUAUUCAGGCCUCAUCCGAUGACAGCUGUGUGCCCAUGAAGAACCACUGCCCAGAGUGCAGGGUGAGACACAGAGGAAGAGUCCGGAGAUAAGCUAGAAGCAGAUCUCAGAGUGUCUUAGAUGUUGCACUAGGGAUUUGAUUUGCAGUUUUGUGGAACUCCCCAGAGGUCUGUUGGGGAAUCUGUGUGCAUGAAUGCCACAGGGCAGACUGGAGGCAGAGACACCCGCCAGGGGCCUGGAGCCGCCAGCCCAGGACAGUUAUCUGGGACAAUGCCGUACCUGCAAAGGGUCCCAUGGGCGUUGCCACCAUGAUAAGCGCAGGUCAUGAGGGCAAGAAAGCUGUACGUUUCACGGUGUGAUUUAGUGCUUCUCGAGUUAUCUUUUUUCCAUAACAGCUGUUUUCCCAGAAGAAACAGUAAAUGUCAGCAUUGUAUCUGAGUGAAAAGUUGACCUUCUUCCCCACCCGUUCACACAAAUAAGCCAGAUUGGACUCAUCCACAAAUCUGCCUGAAGUUCCUUG